AUGUCAGUCUGCUGGGACCGGCUCAUCCGGUUCGUGGCCACCGAUGGCCGCACUCUCCGUGGCGAACCCAUCCUGCCAGACCCUGACUUUGACCUGGGCAACACGACCGAAGCCACCGGCCUGAAAGCCAAGGUCAUCACGGGUGAUGAUAUCUACGACACGACAGGGGCCACAAAGGUGACCGACGAGGUUGUGACGGUAAAAAAGCUGCUCGGUCCGCUGGCCCAGUCUGAAGUGCCGUCGGUGCGCUGCAUCGGCCUCAACUACAUCAGCCACAUCAAGGAAACCGGCCGCAAGAUGCCAUCCUACCCCUUCAUGUUCAUCAAGCUGUCCACGGCGGUGCACGACCACGACAGCCCCGUGGUGAUCCCCAAGAUUGCGCAGGACACCCAGCCAGACUACGAGGGGGAGUUGUGCGUCGUGCUCGGCCGCGACGCCAAGGACGUCUCCGAGAGCGACGCGCUGUCCUACGUGGUGGCGUACACGGCGGGCAACGACGUGUCUACCCGAAAACUCCAACGCGACCCGGAGCUCGCAGGCCCCGUGCCCCAAUGGGGUUUCUCCAAGGGCUUCGACACGUACGCACCGCUGGGACCGGUGCUGGUCAGCAGCAGGCUGGUGCCGGAUCCAGCCCGGCUCCAUCUGACGACGACGGUGGACGGGGAGGCGCGGCAGAGCAGCGGGCUGGACGAUCUGCUGUUCAGCGUGCCGUACCUGAUUGCGUACUUUUCGCAGGGGACGACGCUGCAGAAGGGCACGGUCAUCAUGACAGGGACGCCCGGGGGGGUAGGGUCCGGGCAGAAGCCGCCGCGGUUCCUGGCGCCAGGCACGGUGAUGGAGGUGCACGUCAGCGGGAUCGGCACGCUGAGAAACGGGGUCGAGUUUGCCUGA